CGCCAGUCUUAACGAUACCAGUACCCAUACACUCGAUGCUAGCAACUGUCCAUCCUGCAACACCAGAACCUUGUGGGAUAUUCUCUUGAGCUGUGGCUUAACUUUGUUUGCGUGCACAUGGACUGCCGUCCAUCCGAAUAUCCCGGGCAUGGACGAGGGCAAAGUGGCCAUUACCUCCCGUCGUCUAUUCAUCAUGGUUAUAGCAUUGAUCGCCCCAGAACUCAUGAUCACAUGGGCCACACGGCAGUUUUUCAGCGCUCGUGAUGCUGCAAAGGAUUUUAAUGCCAGUGCGUUUAGUAUACAAUUUACCACAACCCACAGCGAUGGUCCAGUUACAUUAGAGAGCACAUCUCCGGUGUUUGACAUCCAUCUUGAGGCUGCAGAGGACUUCAAUGACUCGGAUGCGUUUAGUGCACAAAGUACCACGACCCACGGCGGUGAUCGAGAUAUAUCAGGGAGCUCAGCUGUGUUAGUCAGUGACGUUUCAGAAGCAAAUAGAAGUUCAGGCGCUCCUAAAUAUGCAGAGUUUAAACGACAGAGAAUAAACAAUGAGUCCUCUGGGGAUGAUCCAUACAUGUCAGAGAGCAUAUCGACAUCGCUUGGUGACAUUUCGGAAGCAAAUGUAAGAUCAAGCGCUCCUAGACUUGCAGAGAUUCAAGAAUGGAGAAUGACUCGUCGGUUCUCCGGCGCUGAUCAACAUAUGUCAGAGAGCAUAGCGCCAUCACUUAGUGAUAUUUCAGAAGCAAGUGGAACUUCUGGAAGUUCAACUGUUCCCAGGCCUGUACUAGUAGAGCCCGGGCCUGUACUAGUGGAGUUUAAAGGAUGGACAAUAACCCAUGGGUUCUUCGCAUGGAUGGGUGGAUUUAUGCUCCACGUCAAUGGCAAGCCGCGAGCUACUCUUACUCCCAUUGAACUCCUGGAGUUUGUUAAUAAGGGAUCCGUGGACUUACCUGUCAUCACAGAGGCAGAGAUAGAAGAUCGAAGUAAGGGUGAUGGACUAUCCAAAGGCAUCGCCGUUCUUCAGUUGGUGUGGUUCGUCGCCCAGCUUGUUGCCCGUUACAUCCAGAACCUUCCGAUAACCCUACUUGAAAUUGACACUUUGGCCGUAACUGCCCUGACCUGCAUUUCCUAUGCUUUGUGGUGGAAGAAGCCUAAGGAUGUAGGAUGUCCUUGUAUUGUUCAUCUGAAAGCAACUGCAACUCUGCCAGGCCGGUUAGCCUAUGACAAUAGAGAUUUUCUUGAUGAUGAUUCCUCAAGCUUCAACAGAAGCCGUCCCUCUGAGUCCUACUUGCGGAUGAAGAGACAUAUUCUCUAUCCCUUUGUCUGUCUCAUGGGCAUUAGUGCAACACCUUCCCCCCGUGCUGCCCGUUCUCGUCGUGCUCCAUCUCUAGGUGGCUACAAAGACGGCCUGAGUGGGGUACUGACUGGGUAUCGUGUUGGUAAGAUCAUACUUCUCAUUGGAUGUUUCAGUGGGAUGGCGUUUGGAGGGAUACAUUGUCUCGGUUGGAAUUACUUUUUUCACAGUCACACAGAAUACAUAUUAUGGUGCACAACUUCCCUUGUGGUAAUAUGUGCACCGGUAGUUAUUUUGUUUGAUGCCCUGGCAAUCAUGUAUGGCUGGGGGUUUUGGAUGAUAUUUGGAUUUAUUCCUGGACAAAUAGCCUCUUUCAUAUACAUCGCUGCACGCGUUACGCUAAUUAUACUUAUAAUUCUGAGCUUACAAUCGCUACCUACUGGUGCAUACGAUACAGUAGCUUGGACCAGGUUCAUUCCACAUUUGUAGUUUUAUUACAUUGAUGUAAC